ACUGGUCGCUGCAAGUCGUUUCGAAGUGUUGAGUGUUCACACGACAAUCACGAUCAGCAUUCAGUAACGAUCAGUUCGGUGUGGUUGAGUGACAGUGUAUGUCGUAUUAUCGCUCUUUAUCGUCUCUGCGCAUUUCGAAAAGAACGAGAAAUUUUCGACGAUUUUCGAAAAAAUGAAGUCUGCUUACUUGAUCUGCGCGUUACUGUGUGUACCACUGGUGCUGGCCGUGGAGGAGACAGUAAAUCCAUUUCCAAAUGGACCUUCUUCUACAACGGAGUCUUCGAACCAUACUACUGCUGUACCAGUUACUAAAACUGUAAUUCCAAAUACUACUACUGUUUCUACUACUCCUAUUACUACUAAAACUACAACUGUUCCUCCUACCAAUAUCACCACCACCUCCACUACUGUUACUCCUACUACUCCUCCUACUACUCCUACUACUCCUCCUACUACUCCUACUACUACUCCUACUACUACUGUUACACCCAAAACUACUACUGUACCAACAAAUACAACAUCAACCAGCGUUCCAACAUCUCCACCUACAUCCACUAGUACGGCUUCAUCGAAGACAACAGCUGUACCACCAUCUUCUAAGGAUCGCCAAUUUGAUGGUCUAAGCUUUUUUGGUGGCAUUAUCCUUACUACAUGUUUGAUGGCAAUCGCUGCGUUCUCAUGGAAGUUCUACAGGCAAUGCAAGGAAGGAAACUACCGUACACUGUGAUAACGUGCAAGGCGCUACAUAACAGACUUUCAUCAAGUAAACAAUUAAUUGAAUUAAGAACUAUGAAUAAUUAUUUUAUUGUAAUAAUAUUGCGUAUUUUUAUAACGCAGUUAAAGUGUUGCGUGGUUAAGUGCUCUUAGUAAUGUGAUGUACAACCACGUUCCGUUUUUCUCGAUACAUAUGUAAUAAAGAGGGAGGGAGGGGGGGUCAUGUGUAUUCGUAUGUAUUGGAAACAACAUUGUAUGUAUAUGCGUCAUUUUACUAGUAGAUGAGAGAUUGUGACGAUUACGUGUUGCAAGUAGGAGCAGUAAAGGAUAUGAGGGAGAGGGAAAGUGGGCGCAUUGACGAAAGCCAAUGACCAAUCAAACGUACAUUCCAUAAGAGAGAAAAAAGGGAGAUCAUAAUUCUUUAAACGCGCAUUAUCUUUCUUAUUAGCUUUCGCUCAAACUGUAACUGUUAGCAAGCUGUAUCUUUAAUCUAUUAUGUGGUAUAUACAUUCCGCAGUAAAGUUACAUAAGAUCUGACUUUUCUACGAGAGGAGAGAGAGAAGAGAAAGUAUUAAACUUAAGAAACAUUGAGCUCGACACAGGUGUUUUAGCGUGAAAACGCUAUGCCAAAGCGAAACGAAUCUUCGAAAUAUUCGAAUUUCAAACAGACGUAUAAAUUACAUCGACGCGUCUGAGACGCGCUAUAUAAUAUGAAUACUUAAAGCCAAUUAUUGGCUGUUAUUUUAAAAAUAUAUAUACAUAUAAUAGUUUUGCGGUACGAUAUAUGAUAUGCACGAAUUAUUAACUCUCUCCUUUAUAUAUCCUUAUCACUGGUCUUGCUCUACAAUAUUUUUUCGACAAAAUCUAAGCAACGCGUGGAUAAUCCUAUAAACAUUUACGGUAUUAUCAAAGUGAAAGUUCCUUUUUUAAAUUAAAUUUUGCAUUUUGUUACAUAUUUAUUUUUAUUUACUUAAUA